UGCCCGCCGUGCGCCCCGCGUUCCCGAGCACGCCUUCGCGGCGCGGAUCGCCCAGGCUGGAGCGCCGCUCCUCCCGAGCGCCUGAGCCUGCCCCGGAGGUCGCGCGUCCUGGCCCGCAGGCAAAGUGCUUUGAAGAGCUCAACACACUUUCCUGGUUCUCACUGAAGAAGCUUGAUGGAAGUCUCAGUGGAUACCUGAUCCCCUGCUGCCUUGUUUGAAAACCAAGAAGUUGUGCUGAUUUAACAGCUUGCAAUUGUUGCUAACAGUAUCAUGAGUAAAAAUUCCAAUUCUGCCCUUUUUAACCUGCAUGUGAACUUUGACUUUUAACUUAACUUGUUCACUCCUUCACCCUCUGUAAACAUGUCCGAAUCUGACCCUUCAUCUGGAUUUUCUGGAAGUGUGGAGAAUGGUACUUUUCUUGAGCUGUUCCCCACAUCCCUGUCCACGUCGGUGGACCCAUCCUCAGGCCACCUGUCAAAUGUCUACAUCUACGUGUCCAUAUUCCUCAGCCUUUUAGCAUUUCUGCUUCUGCUUUUAAUCAUUGCCCUCCAGCGGCUCAAAAAUAUCAUCUCCUCCAGUUCCUCCUACCCGGAGUAUCCAAGCGACGCUGGAAGUUCUUUCACCAAUUUGGAAGUCUGCAGUAUUUCCUCUCAAAGGUCCACUUUUUCAAACCUCUCAUCAUGAAGGAAAUGGCAGAUUCCUUGAAUGUGGCAGCAGCUCAGGCUUUCCCUUACAGAAGUGUCACAUGAAGCAUCGCCUCCUGAAGGAGAUGACCCUUCUAGUGUAGACCUGCUUCCCCUUCCUCUCUGAUUGCUUUUCGUUUCAUGAUGCUUUUCGUUUGGGAGUGGAGAAGCUGAUGCUAACAGAAAUGCGUGCAAACUUCGAGGGGCAGAAUUGCACACAAACUGCUUGAUAAAUCCGGAGAGGGCUGCUUCUUCGGGUGGAUCAGUUCAUUCCACUUUGUUGGACGCCUUGGGCUCACCUGAGGCAGCCUCUGGGUGGACGCUGGGUAUGGACUCUUGCACUUCAUUUCUCUUCUGAAACCAUGAAGCCAACAGCCUGCGUGUCAAAAUUGAGCCUAAAUUAUUUAGAAGACCUUCCCCAUUUUUAAAAGAUAAAGUGGAGACACCAAAUUAAAAAAGGAAAAAAGAGAGUCCAUUUAGAUUUAAUGUAUAACAUCUCUAAAACUGAGGGUUAAAAAAAACUAUGCUAAAUAUUUUCUUUCAUUUUACUUUAACAAAUGAAAAUCACAUUUAUUAAUUAAUGUAAGUCAUUUGGAAAUGUUUUACAAGAGUUUAACUUUUAAUAGCAAGAUGAGUAUGUGUUAUGAUGCAGUUUGUAAUGUAUUUCUGCUUCCUGGAGUUAUUUUUUUUUUUCUAUUUAUGUUGUAGUCAUAAUUCCCCAAGAUUGUGGAAUUCUUUGUGAUAAUUGCUUUGUGAUAAUUCUUUAUGAUAAUUGCCAUUACUAUUACUAAGACAAGCACCAGAAGAGACACCAAGAAGUUUUUAUUUUAUAUGCAUAAUUUCCAUCAGCAGGAAUUAAGCAUAUGGAUAAUAUUCAUUUAGUUGUAUUUUAUACAGUAAUAAUUCCUAGUGUACAUUCCUGUAUUCAGUUUCCUAGUCUUUUUAGUGCAGAAUUAUAUUAAGCCUCCAAGAUACCUGACGUUUGUCCACUCACAUUAGCUUGCAAAACUUAAGAGACAAAAUUGCAAAUACACGUUAUAAUACACUGCGUGAAUGUUACAUGUCUCUGAUAAUUAGUUGUUGUGUGUUAAUGUAAUCUUGUGCAUUAGGAUUCCAGGAUGUGGGUUCAUAUUAAAAAUUGUAAUAGCUGGGAGCUUCAGUGAUCCUGGGAGAUGCCACGCUGUGGUCGGCCAAGUACGUCUGAACUUGGCCGGGAGGUGCAGGAUUAUCCAUGAAAUGAGGCGUACACGUGAGCACAGACAUGGAAUGUGGUUGGAAAUCAAGCUGCCCCGAAAAACAAAAACAAAGCAAACAAACUACAGCGUCUUAAGAGUAAGAAUUUUAAUUUAAUUUUAAAAAUAAAUGGCCCACAGCAUAAACACUCAACCUGCGGGAGGCCACUGCAUCAACAUGCCACAAUCUUCCCAUGACAACCAAAUUUAUUCCUUGUUCGAAACAUUCAAUAAUCUUAAGUAGUGGAGGCUCAACACAUGCCUUGGUUGGACUGUGCAGUCAGCACUCUCGGGGGACUAGAAUGGGAAAAAAGAAUCCACCAUUUGUAUAGGGUCUACCUUUGUGGUUCUAAAAUGCUAAGAGGGUUGAGGUCUGGGGAAUGAAGGCUUCUUCUUUUAAUACAUAAGCCUCACUUAAAUCAGACCACAUUUAACUAUUUAUAUAUCAAAAAUGUCCCAAAACACCAUAAGACCAGCACAGAGUUGCUGCCCUAAAAUGUAUAAUUAGUGAAAAAUUUGUCUCUGCUACCAUUUAAAGCAUGGCAGUGGGUUGGGUGUUAUUAUGUAGUAUAGAAACUGGACUAGAGAAACUGCUAUUUUAGAGCACUAUUAGCAUUCUCUGAGUAUAUGGUACGUGUGUGUGUGUGUGUGUAUGCACAUACUCCCAAUUAAAAGUUGUGUGAAAGCUACACAGGAUUCCAGAGACAUCUAUAUUAUCACUUUUGCUCUUUGAUUAAUCUUGUGGUAUUCUGGUUAAUGAGAGAAUAAAGGGGACAUGGGUGAAGUGGUUUCAAAAAAAUAAAAGAACAAAUUUGCCACACAACAGGACAGUCUGCUUGUGAUCUGUCCUUAGGGGUAGCUUUAUAUCCUUUCCUUCUGGAAGAGCUAGAAAGACUUCUGACAGCAAAACUACUUUAAAAAUCAAAUCAAAUCAAACCCCCAAGCACACUCCCGCCCCUCCCCUGCCGCUGUGGUUCUUACUCUGCACUUUAAGUAGAGUAAUUAGAAGCAACAUUCAGAGAUGUAAAAUAGGGUUUGUCGUUACAAGCUUGCCAAGGUAACAGAUUGUACAACUUGAGACGAAUUUGUGUUGUUUGAGAAGUUCAGAAAGGUUGGGAGAUGGGUUUAUAAAUAAAGCGGUGGAGCCCAUUGAAAGCCUG